AUGCGAUGGCUGGAUCCGGCGCGCUGGACUACGAGUCCCUACUAUGCCCUUGUGGUCCUGGUGAUCGCCUGUGGCAGUAUCCCAAAAGGUUAUGAUGAAGGAGGCUACAGUGCCAGCGUCAAGCUCGAGUCCUUCAAGAUCGACUUUAACCUCCUCUCCUCCAACUGGAAGGGCGAUGCCACUGGCCUGGCCAACCGCACCGCCAACAUCACCUCGUUCAAUGUCCUCGGUGCUGCCUUUGGUGCCCUCGCGGGUCUCUCUUUGAACGAUCGUAUCGGUCGUCUGUGGUCGUGGCGAGGUGCCGUGAUCGUGUGGGUGAUUGGAACCUUCAUUCAGGUAUUCUCGUCAGGAAUUUAUGGCUUGCUAUUAUUUUCCCGAAUUUUUGCGGGACUGGGCGCCGGCCUAUUGACGGUCACGACACCCCUGUACUUGUCGGAAGUGGCGCCCAAGGCCACCCGGGGUCUGGCCGUUAGUCUAUACAUGGUGAUUCUGUUGCUGGUGCUCGCCAUGGGCUUCUUUAUUAACUACGGCGCCGACCUCCACUUGCCCACCACGCGCAUGCAAUAUCGCUUGGUUCAAGCCAUCCCCCUGAUUCCUACCGGCAUCGCCUUCUUCCUCUCCUGGCUCUGCCCCGAGACCCCUCGCUAUCUUGCCUCGAAGCAACGCCACGAUGAAGCCAAGGAGGUUCUCGCCCGCCUUCGUGGCAAGCCGGUCGACGACAAGAGCGUUACUGAGGAGUUUGAGGAGAUCGAUAGCCAGGCUCGUUCGCGCGCAGACCUGAAGUCCGUUUCAAACUGGGAAGCACUCAAGGAAUCUCAGAUUAACCCCAACUAUCGCCAGCGGUUCUGGCUGCUCAUGGCCAUGCAGACAAUCUCCCAAUGGACCGGCGGUAACGGCAUCACCUACUAUGUCACGACUAUCUUCGAAUAUGCCGGUGUCACUGGCUCCGGACAGUCGCUCAUUUCCUCCGGUGCCUAUGGAAUUGUCAAGCUCGUGUUCACGAUGGCCUUCACUUGGGGCCUGAUCGAUUUCUUCGGUCGUCGCCGCUGCGCGCUGACUGGUCUGUCUCUGCAGCUGGCGGCGCACAUCUACAUGGGUGCCUACAUGGGAUUGCAGCCCGGCGCCGCUGAUAACAAGUCUGCCUCCGAUGCCGCGAUUGCCUCCGUCUUCGUUUACGCCGUCGGCUGGUCAAUCGGACUCUGCACCAUCCCGUACCUCUACGGUACCGAGAUCUUCCCGACCCGUAUCCGCAACGUGUGCUACGCCACCAGUAUGGGUCUUCACUGGUUCUUCCAGUUCGCCGUCGUCCGCGUUACCCCCAACAUGUUCGCCAACAUGCACGUGUGGGGUGCUUAUCUUUUCUGGGGUCUCAUCUGUUUCAUCGGAAUUGUCGUUCUGGGUAUCUGGAUGCCCGAGACCAAGAAUGUUCCCAUCGAGCGCAUGGACGAGCUCUUCGACGGACCCUGGUACCUCCGCUGGAAGGCGAAGAUUCACGACUCCGAUAACUCUUCUGAGACCACUGACGUUGUCUCUCACGAGCAGGAUCAGAAAAUGUUCCGCGGACGUGACGCCAAGCCUGUCGGUGGACUCGAUGGUCAGGAACACCAUAAUUUUGAUUCUCCGACCCACUAUGAUGCUGAUUCGACUACUCGCCACGAGACUGAAACUGUUACUCGUCACGAGAUCAGCACCGAGAUGCACAAGUCCUCUUAA